AUGAAUAGCAACAAUUCUUCACCAGAGUCUACCGCAUCCCUCAUGGUAGCAGCUAGAUCAUUCUUGGAAGAUAAUAAUGAUAAUGAUGAAAAUGCAUUAUUAUUAUUAUCAUCAAGAGUGCUUCUAUAUAAUGGAAUACCAUGUAACAUUGUCAGUUGUCGAUUGGGUAGAUUUAAACAUGGAGAGUUGAUAGAGUUUGUCUGUUCUGAAUAUUUCAAUAAAAAUCAAAGCCAUGUAUUUAGAUUGGGACAAAACAAGGAAAUAGAAGUACCAAUUGUCACUAUUAAAACCUACCAACUCUUACUUAUCGAUCAAGAUGGAUACUUGUCUCUUUUAGAUGAAAGUAAUGGAACGACAAGAGAGGACAUUAAACUACCAAAGAAUGACAAAGAUCUAACAUCAGAGUUGCAAUUAUCUUACAACCUGGAUAAUUCUUUAAAUGUUCAAGUAGCACAAAUCAUGGGUAUUGAAGGUGUAAUAUCAUUUAACCAAACAAAUGAUGAUUAA